GUUUAAAGGAAGAGCUGUAACAGAAUGAAGAGAAAGACGGUCAGAAACAGAAAAGGUCUGAUGAGAUGUGUCUGCUGGGACUGAUCCUUCUCUGUGUGCUUCUCACAGGUACCAGUGAAGUGGAUGUUACUCAUGUGUUCUUCGGUUCUGGUGAAGAUGUCCGUCUGCCCUGUAAUAAUGCUCUUUCUAACUGUACAUCAACUGUUUGGAUCUAUGACAGAGAUUCAGUUGAACUGAUUACUUUAGGAAUAAAGAGGAAAUACACAGAGAUACAUGAGAGACUGAGUCUGGGCUCUGACUGCUCUCUGAACAUCAAGAACAUCACAAAAGAUGAUUCUAGAUCUUACACCUGCAGACAAUAUUUGAAUGGAGUACAAGAAGGAAAUGAUGCACGUGUUUAUCUGCAUGUUCUCCACGUCUCUUCAUCAUCCUCACAGUCUGAGAUCAGAUCAGGCAGAUCUCUGACUCUCUUCUGUCAGUUAUAUUAUGAUCCAGUCUCUUGUGAUACUUUGAUUCGUGAAGGACUUCAUCUGAUCUGGGUGGAUGAGACUGGUAUGAAUCUGACAGACUCCAGAUUUCAGAUCUCAUUCUCCUCAGGACAGUGUCUCAGUGUCUCUCUGAGUACAACACUCCUGAAUGAAGAUCACAACAGAGAGUGGAGAUGUGAGCUUAAACAGAGAGAUCAGCUGAAGACCUCAGUCUUGUAUACCGUCAAGUAUUCAGGUACAAAACUAGAUCCAGCUAAAACUGCUUCAUGGUUAAUCAGAGUGAUUCUGAUUAUUGUUGAGGUCGCAGUGUUUACUGCUCCUUCGGUUCUUCUGCUUCAGAUCAUCUGUGAGAGAAGAGCAGGAAGGAAGAACUCUCACCAAUCAAACCAAAUAGAGAUGUCUACAGUAUUCCAAUGAAACACCUUCCAAAAUAUACUAUAAAGAUUACAGCAAGACUGAUUUGAAUUUUUUUCUCAUAAAUAUCUAAUAUGCAUACCAUUUUCCAGAAAUCAAUACUGAUUCUAUAAAAUAAACAAGUUAUAAAUGGUGGUGAAAAUGUGUUUGAGCUGGGUAUGUUAGCAAUAUUUAUGUAAAAUAAAAGAGCGUAUAUACUGAAGUGCUGAUUUCAUACAGCGUGCACAAGAACAUGUCUCUUGGCGGGAAGACUUAAUAAAUAAAGCUGAAAAUGAAUACUGAAGAAGUACAUGUCAGAAGAAAACCUGAUUGUUAAUUAGACUAUUGGGGGGCAAACUCGUGCAUUUUGGCCUGCAAUUGGGAAAAUUAUUUUAAUUCAUGAAUUAAUUAAUAUUUAUUCUUGUCCUUUGAACCAAACUAAAUUGCAGCUCAUUUUAUCGCGUCACUAAACACAACUGUAGAGCUCUAAAAGCUUAGUUACAAUCUUAUUUUUGAGGAUAACUGUGUCUGUAACUGUACAGGAUUGAAGUCUUGUCUUUAGAGUUUGCUAAUUUGAAUGUUGUCGUAUUGAUAUUUGUAUUCGUGAGAUGAAAUUCAUACUCACAGCUCUGAUGGGAAAAUCUGAACCUCUCGUGUUUGGAAUUUGUGGUUACAGAGUGAAAGUUAUAAACUUGUAAAAUGUCAUUCAAUCAACACAUUUUAUUGGUCAAUGUCUAAUGAAAUCAACAAAAUAUAAAAUUUAUAAUAUAUAAACUGCUGACACUGCAACAUGUGCCAUCCAGACAGACCACCAUUUUGGAAAUGUUGCCAUGGCAACAGAAAAAUGCCAAAAAUUGUCACACGACUGAACCUGGGUGCUGGUUAUAUGUGACUUCCUGGGUUAAAAAGCGAGGGAUAAUGUUUUAAGAAGACCUCUCUAGAUAAUCAGUGUAUGUGACUCAGAUUU